UGAACCGUCACUGCCACGUAGAGGACCAUCUGCAGGCUGCUUGUUCUCUACAUCACUUCAAACAUCUUAUUUACCUGUUUAUCCUGCAGUUCUUCUGACACUUUGAGCGUGUCGGCAUGCUGCUGGCCAUGUUGAGCUGGCUCUGCUCCUCUCUGCUGUCUGUCAGCGGGGGGAAGCUGCCUGAAGCUGAAGUCAACAUAGAAGUCCUGCACAGACCUUUCCUCUGUCACCGAAAGUCAAAGUACGGAGACCUCCUGCUGGUGCACCAGGAGGGCUACUUUGAGAAUGGGACCAUGUUUUACACCAGUCGAACCGACGGUGACAAGCACGCAAUGUGGUUUACACUGGGCAUCAGAGAAGUGAUCAAAGGCUGGGAUAAAGGCCUGCAGGACAUGUGCUCUGGAGAGAAGCGGAGACUCACCAUACCUCCAGCCCUGGCCUAUGGGAAGGACGGGAAAGGUAAGAUCCCACCUGAGAGCACACUGACCUUCGUCAUCGAGCUGCUUGAUAUCAGAAAUGGACCGAGGUCACAUGAGUCCUUCCAGGAGAUGGACCUCAACGAUGACUGGAGACUCUCCAAGCACGAGGUGAAAGAGUAUCUGAAGAAAGAGUUUGAGCGUCACGGCUACCCUCCAAACGACACCCUGCAUGAGAACAUGAUGGAGGAUAUCUUUGCCAAGGAGGAUAAGAACAAAGACGGCUUCAUAUCCUCCAGAGAGUUUACUUACAAACACGAUGAACUUUAAAUUCUCUCCCAGUCCCACAAACCACUUACUUGUCCAGUGCCUCAGUUACAAUGACUUGUGACAUGUAAAAUCCCUGGUGUGUGAAGCUGAGUGGUGAGCCAGCAGGUUUGUU